AUGAAAUUGCUUGUGCUUCAUUUGUUAUACUUGGGCUUUAUUUGCCUAUGUCGCUGUCAGGAGGACGACGAUAAUGUCAGAAGGAUAAUGAAGGAAAUGGAAGUAAUGCCGGAAAUAUUAGAUGAGCCUCCAAGGGAGUUACUGAGGAUAAAAUAUGACAAUACCUUUGACAUUGAGGAGGGCAAGUCAUAUACUCCGAGCGAACUUAAAUUCCAACCCAGACUUGAUUGGAAUGCGGAUCCCGAGUCCUUUUACACCGUUCUUAUGAUUUGUCCUGAUGCUCCGAACCGUGAGAAUCCCAUGUAUCGAUCUUGGCUCCACUGGUUGGUGGUUAAUGUCCCCGGAUUGGAUACAAUGAAGGGUCAGCCCAUUUCGGACUACUUUGGACCUCUGCCACCAAAAGAUAGUGGUGUUCAGCGCUAUCUUAUUUUGGUGUAUCAGCAAUCGGAUAAGUUGGAGUUCGAUGAGAAGAAAAUAGAGCUGAGUGAUGCCGAUGGACAUAGUAACUUCGAUGUGAUGAAGUUCGCUCAGAAGUACGAGAUGGGAACUCCUGUAGCAGGGAAUAUUUUCCUAUCCAGAUGGGAUGAAUAUGUUCCGGAAUUGAUGAAAACACUUUACGGAGUCAAUGAGUAACUAUUUUGAUGGGGUUCUGAGCGGUUUCAAUGUUCCUUGGUUGCGUUUAUAAUUAUUAUUCUUCUUGUUUAUGUUAAUAAAGUGAUUUAGUUAGCUAUGAGCAUUCCAAA